AUGCAUUACAUUAAAAUAAAAGCUGUAUUUUAUGGAUUUCGUCAUCAGAUUUGGCAUAGAAAACCAACUACAACAUCAACAACAACAACAUCAACAACAACAACAUCAACAUCGACAACAACAACAACAGCAACAUUAACAACAACAUCAACAGCAACGUCAACAACAGCGCCAACGGCAACAUCAUUAACAACAAAAACCACGUUCACAACGAUAGCUGCAUCAUCGAGUGAGUUUGGAUCAAAUAUUGAAGCUAGACAUGAAUCGAAUCCAAAUCGUUUUGGUUUUUUCACAGGUUUUACAGCAGGGUGGAACUCUAAUGGCGCGACUGUGGCUGGCAAUGCGAGCGGUGCAGAAGGAGAAGGUGCAAGUCAAUUCAAGGAACCUUAUGUUUUGAUAUUUGAUUCAUCAAAUGCUCUCUAUGUCUCUGACUGGGGUAACCAUCGGAUACAAAAAUGGAUCAUAGGUAGCUCAGUUGGUGUGACCGUUGCCGGUCAGGCAGAUGGAACAUCAGGUGUUUCGUCUACUACUCUUAGUCAACCAAUCGGUCUUACAAUUGACUCAAGUAACAACAUGUACAUCGUAGAUAAAGCCAAUCACCGAGUUAUGUACUGGGUACAUGGUGCAUCAUCUGGUUCGAUGAUCGCUGGAACAGGUUUCCUUGGAAGUGCAAACAAUCAGUUUCAUAAUCCUAAUAUAAUUCAACGUGAUUCGAGCUCGGGCACCCUGUACAUCAGUGAUGUAGAAAACCAUCGUAUCAUGCAAUAUCUUAACGGUAGUUCAUCAGGCACUGUAGUGGCUGGUGGAAAUGGUUACGGGACUGGCAGCACUCAGUUAUGGAAACCAUACGGAUUUGCUCUGGAUUCAUCGACGAAUAGUUUAAUAAUUGCCAACGGUGCUGCUCAUACUAUAGUUCGUUGGGUGAUAGGUGAUACUAGUUGGACACUUCUUGCUGGCAGUAGUGGAGUAAGCGGAUCUUCGCCGACACUUUUAAAAGGUCCAGUUUGUGUAGCAGUAGAUCAAUAUGAAAAUAUAUAUGUAGCUGAUACAGAAAAUCAUCGUAUUCAAUUUUUUUUGGCUGGUCAAUCUAGUGCUACCACAAUAGCGGGUAUUACUGGUUCGUCUGGCACAAGUGCUACUCAAUUAAAUAGACCCUAUGGAGUAACACUAGAUAAAUCCUUUUUUCCUGCUUCUUACAAAAAAUCACGUAGUGAUGAUCAAAAAACAGAAACAAAUAUUAUUAAUACAUCUUCAACGUCAACAUCCGAAUCUCAAAAUCCACUUCCGACUUCAUCGUUGCAUUUUGAUGAUCAAAUCACGUCUGAUAUUAUAUCUGAUACAUCAUCAUCUUCUCUGUCAACAUCUUUUUCUUUGAAUGAAAGUUUUGGAAGAAAAUCUAUUCCCAACGAUAUUAGUACAUCAUACCAUGAUCUUCCUGUUCAACUAGUACUGAAAAAUUAUGCUUUAAAUUGCCAAAAACGUUCAUUUCAAUCAAGCUAG